AUGUAUAACAUUGCAGGCCUCCGGGGGAUGCAGUAUCCUCGUGAGGGUAAUGUAUUUCAGGCCAAAGACUAUGCCUACUACAAUCAACAAUACGCAUCAUCAUCCUACCAGAAAGAACACGACAUGAACCCAGCUCUUAUCGUCCAACCCAAGGAUGACGAUGAUGUUGUUAGAGCUGUUCGAUGGGCUCGAGAGAACAAAGUGGCUGUCGCUGUUAAGAGUGGCGGACAUCAAUACAGCGGCGCAUCCUCGACCGGUGGAAAGAAUAUUCAGAUCGACCUUACCAACACUUACAAAGAUAUGAAGGUGUUGCCUUCUCAAAAUCUUCCUGAAGACAGAGCACUAGUCUUUGUCGGCGUCAGCAAUCAGCUUCAAGACUUCAAUGCUUACCUCAAACACAACGAUCUCUUCGUUCCGCACGGCCAAUGCGCCUAUGUCUGUGUUGGGGGUCACGGUCAGACAGGCGGAUAUGGUCAACUUGGCCGCAGCUUUGGCUUGUUCGGUGACCACAUCGUAGGCAUCCGAAUCGUGGACUUCAAUGGCGACAUCAAGGAAGUCACUGAGAAAAGCGACUCAGAACUCUUCAACGCUAUCCGUGGUGGCAGUCCCGGCAACUUCGGCAUCAUAACUCACUAUGUAGUGAAUGUCUACCAGGCCGAAAGCUACAUCGGAAAAGUAGCGGGACCCAACGGCAUCAAAGGACCAUAUGGUCUGAAAGGUAUCUGGCUUUACGACGGCUCGAUCCUGAAGAAGAUACUCACCAUCCUUGCCAAGAUGUCCGACGAUCCAGACCUUCCUGAAAAUUUCGAUCUGUGCAUCAGUGUUCUCAGCACUGAAUUUCCUGUCACCAUGCUCUUUCCGUCGAUGAAGGAUGAUACGCUCUGGCAAAAGGUUCAACAAAGGAUAAAGUCAGUGCUUGCGUCUGAAGUACUAGAUCUUCUCAAUGGCUCUUUCCCAGCGGUGAUCGUAGUCUAUGCUCAAUGGUGUCCAACAUCGAAGAGUGACAGGUAUGACGAAACGGUCGAUAACUGGUUCAAGCAAUUCUGGGAUCUUCGAAACGAUCGUCACUAUCUUCACAUUGAUGAUUUCGGUAGAGCAUCGCCAGUGGACAUGGCGACGAUGACAGGGAAGUGGAUCUUCCCCAAGAAGAGAGAAUUCGAUCUUCCAUAUGUCAAACGUACUUGGGCAACAAACUCCAGGACACUCUCGACUAACGGCUGGGUUGACGACGUGGUCAAGCGACUGGAUCUGAUACUUGACCCGCAGCAGAAGCUCGGUGAUGACAAGACAGACUUGGAGAGAGACAUAUACGACCAUUGCAAACUCUCGGUCCAGAUUCAGGCCUUCGGAGGCGAGAAAUCAAAAUACUUCAUGAACAGAAACAAUGGCGCUGCCUACAGCUGGAGAGAUUCGACCAUGGUCCAGGUCAUCGACUGCUUCCAUGAUGAGAAUGGGAGAAAGUUCGCUGAUAACUGGCAAGCGCAGAAUGACAAAGUCAUGGUCGGACCAGACAGCAAUUUCAGCAAGAUGGACAAGCGUAUGUUGUGGGGCUCUCACGGUGACUGGGAUUUGUCCAAGCCUGAGGUUUGGAAGACCUACUACGAGGACGAGGACAAGUAUCGAAGAAUUGGAAGAGUCAGAGGCAGGAACGACCCUAAUGGCACGUUCACUGCCAACCCGUUUGCCGUCAAGGCUGUAAAGGCUGCCAAGCUGUAG